AUACCAACAACAAAGAGAGAGAGAGAGAGAAAGGAGAUGACCGACGCCGGCGAAGGUGGAAAAUCGACGGUGGUGUGUGUGACCGGAGCAUCGGGAUACAUAGCUUCAUGGCUAGUCAAAUUAUUGCUCCAUCGUGGCUACACCGUCAAAGCCACCGUUCGCAACUUCAAGGAUCCGAAGAAAACAGAGCAUUUAGUAUCCCUCGAAGGAGCUAAAGAAAGACUUCACUUAUUCGAAGCAAACUUACUUGAAGAAGGUUCAUUCGAUUCCAUCAUUAACGAUUGCCAUGGCGUUUUUCACACAGCUUCUCCAUGUUUCUUCGAAUCCAAUGAUCCUCAAACACAACUAAUCGAUCCUGCUUUAAAAGGAACAAUCAAUGUCCUCACCUCUUGUGCCAAAUCUCAUCAUUCUAUCAAAAGGGUAAUCUUAACUUCCUCCAUGGCUGCUAUGCUCUUUUCUGGUACACCUCGUACUCCUCAAACUAUUGUAGACGAAACUUGGUUUUCCGACCCACAAAUCUGCAAAGACAACCAGCUUUGGUAUAUCUUAUCGAAGACAUUAGCAGAAGAAGCAGCUUGGAAAUUUGUGAAGGAGAAAGGAAUUGAUAUGGUUGUAAUAAACCCGGCAAUGGUUAUAGGUCCUUUAUUACAAUCGACUCUCAAUUUUAGUUGUACUCCAAUUUUGAACCUGAUAAAUAAUUCUGAAACUUAUCCAAAUGCUUCGUUUGGAUGGGUUCAUGUGAAUGAUGUUGUAAAUGCUCAUGUUCGAGCAUUCGAGAUUCCUUCUGCUAAUGGAAGGUAUUGUCUUACCGAGAUUGUUUUUCAUUACUCUGAGAUUGUCAACAUACUCUUUGGACUUUAUCCUAAACUCAAAUUACCAAACAAGUGUGAGAAUGACGAGCCAUUUGCGCCAACUUUUAUGGUAUCGAAGGAAAGAGCAAGAUCAUUGGGUGUUGAAUUUGUACCAUUUGAGAUUAGUCUCAAGGAAACCGUUGAAAGUUUGAUCGAGAAGAAAUUUGUCACUCUCGAAUUUUACGAUUAGUAAGGCCAGCCAGUUUAACAUUUGUAACCAUCCAAGAUAAGCAGGGAAGAAUUGUAUUCUUCUCAGGCUCGAUCAAUGAUUGAAUCUCUCUGUCUUUCAAUACUUUGUAUCAUUGCAUAAGCUCGGUUUAGACUAUAUUUAUGAUCCAUUAGAAGGA